UCCGUCACGGGUAAACCUCAACCGUUCGAGUUUCGAUCUAGCCGUCGUGGCGAUCAAAUUUCUCGUAUCUGUUAUUUAUUUUCACCCGUGCUCAUCGAUUUGUCGCCUCGAACGAGAGAAACGUCUCGCCUACUCUUCCGGUUAAGAUCCAAUUUCUUCAAGAUCGGUCCUAUCCGAUCCGGCAUCACGAGGGCUGUAAGAACUAAUGUGCGCCAAAUCCAGUCCGAACAAUCAUCAGCUGUGACGCAAAAUGAUGAUGUGAACGAGAAACAGUAGUAUUUUAUUUUUCUUCAAGUUGUUCGCGACGCAGUUGCUAUACGCAGAGAUGGUGGGAAACGUUUGCAGAAGACUUCGAUGCUCGGUCUUGGAAUUGUUCAGUCUGAAUCUCGUGCGUUCCUAAUUUAACACAGUGCGGUCAGGCGAAUCGACGAUGCAAUGAACGCCAGUGAUUGGUCAUCCCAAGCUCCAUUUAACCGACCUCUUCAGCGUUGACAAAUCCUGUUUCGCGAACGUUUAUCGAAGAAAGAGAUCCGCGAUAUAAUUUUGUCUCACACGUAUUGCCAAUAAUAACCUCCCGCAUUAAAAAGUGUAUUCCGAGUCGAAUACACGGUUAUUCAGUAGUUUCAUCAAGAUGACGAACUGAAUUUCGGCGAAUCGCUUUCCGAGCGGUUCCGAGAAAAAAAUCAAAUACCGAUCGAUCCACAUCGUGAAUCACGGUGAGUCACGAUGAUGGUUUCCAUGCCGUCAGAAACUCGUGGCUGUCGUUGUGCACCGGGGUACGAGAUUAGUCACGAGGAUGCGUUGAUUCCAAGUGAGCGUGGAUGAAGUGAUUAACAGGGUCUGGUGGUUUGCCAAAACGCGUGCGGACCAGCUCUCGGUCCGAGAGAGAUCCAGGGAUCAGGAUGCGGUGGAUCGGUUACGUGGCCACGAUUCUCUGGUGGUCGGGCAUCGCCAGGUCUCUCAGCACGCUGAAUCGAGGUCACAGUUACAAAAUCAGUCCAAAACCCUGUAAAGUGCCCGGUUACGAAGGCAGGGAAGGUACGUGCAUGUUCGUGUGGGAAUGCAUCAAGUCCGAAGGCACGCACGUGGGCGUAUGCGUGGACACCUUCAUGUUCGGUAGUUGUUGCGUUCACAACACGACAGUCAACACGAUAAGCGCGUCUCAUCAUCUUCAUCAUCAUCAUCAGCAGCAGCAGCAGAAGCAGCACGAUUCAACGAGUACGCUCAGGCCGACUCUGUCCUUGGCGGAACUAGUCGGGAACGAGACCACCACCACCAGACUGACGUCGACUUUCCUCUCUUCCUGGACAGCAUCGAGUACCGCAAGACCGAGUUAUCAUCAGUCCUCGGCGUCUCACGGUACAACUGUCGUCGUUACGACGAGACCGACGAGACCGACGAGACCGUUCACGCACGGGGUCGCGAGACCUUUGCAGAAAAGACCGCAUGCCAAACCGACGUCCGAACACGGCACAAACAGGCUGCAAGUUCCCGCGUCGGUGUCUUCCACGUCCCCGAACACAUGGACGGAACAGAGGCCGCAGGGAACGAAGAGACCGAGUCAUCAUGGAAGUUAUUCCCAUCAUCACAAGACCAGACCGGAUGAGGAAACAGCGAGCGAGAAUCCUUCUUCCGUUCAAAGUCAACCGGGCUUUAAAGAUAAAGAGACUCAUAAUACUUUAGUAGUGCGUUUGCCGGGAAAGGAGCAUGCCGAUGGUGAUGAUGAUGACAAAGUCGUUGGCUCGAGCAAACCGAACAAGCAGAGUAAACCGAGUAAACCGAACAACCAAAGGCCUUACGACUCGAAACCGGAUGACGGAAAGAUCGAAGACGCCGAUCUCAGCGUACAGGAAACGAUCAAUCGACCGAAUGUCAAUUCCGUCAUUGAAAACGAAGCGGCAAAAGAGACCCAUCCGAGUUUAAAUUUUAUACAUACCGAGCGACCGUCCUGGGCGACCAAGCCGGUGCAGCAAUCGAAACCUUCGACGAAUUUUUCCAAGCCGUACUUUUCGAUCAAAACGACCACUUAUCGGCCAAUAUCGAUAAGCGGUCAGACAGAUCACAGACCGAAUUUCAUAUCAAAGCCGUACACUUGGUUGUCGUCGUCUACGAAAAAAACGUCAACGACGACGACGACGACGACGACGACGACAACAACAACGACUGGUAAACCGACGUACGUCGCACAAUCUUCCACUAGCGUAGUCGGAUCCAUGCCACAAACUUCUCAUUGGCAAGUAACUACAGAACCAGCUUUCGUGACAAAACAAAAACCGUCGUCGUCCACAUCUUUGUCUUCAAUGUCUUUAUUAACGUCCUUCUCUUCGCCCACGUCAUUUUCGUCGUCAUCGUCAUCAUCAAAACCGAUCACCCCGUCGGAGAACGUACGAAAUCCAUCCUCAAGCACGAGUUCUCAUUUCUGGUCUAAUAGCUGGACGCCACCUAGACCGUCUUUGAAACCGCACUGGACGGACAGUCCCAGUCUUAUUCAAGAUGGUCCGGAAAACUUCCCGCCGCGACCGAGUUUCAAACCGACCGAGCCGCAAAACAUCGAAUAUCAGAAACCUUUGGGAUCGGCGCACUACAUAACGACACACUUAGAGACUUCAACGAGGCCACGACCCACAAAAAAAACGACAACGUCGAGCACCACGACGUCAUCGACUCUAAUGACAUCCUCGAUCAGCAGCAGCAGCACGACCAGCAGCUCGACAAUCGCGAUGGCAACGCGUACCACGACCGCUCGCAGCACGAGUACCACAAGCGCCACCACGACCACGACAAGUACCACAAGCGCCUCUACGACCAAACAACAAGAAUUGGUGACCCAAGCGAGCGAGAAAGGAACGGGUUCGGUGAUGACGAUCGCGGCCGCCGACGAGAGCAAAGACAUGCAGUGCGGUGUACCGCCGUUGUUUCCGCGGCCGGAAACGAGAAUCGUCGGCGGUAAGGACGCACCGUUCGGCCGAUGGCCUUGGCAGGUAUCCGUGCGUCGCACGUCCUUCUUCGGUUUCUCCAGUACUCAUCGUUGUGGCGGAGCGGUGCUCAACGAGAAGUGGAUUGCCACAGCGGGCCAUUGCGUCGACGAUUUACUGACAACGCAAAUCCGAGUACGAGUCGGCGAGUACGACUUCUCGUCGGUGCAAGAACGACUGCCUUAUGUGGAACGCGGAGUUAUCGACAAGGUCGUACAUCCCAAGUAUAACUUCUUCACGUACGAGUACGAUUUGGCGUUGGUGAAAAUCGAAGGUUCUUUGACCUUUGCGGCGCACAUUUCACCAAUCUGUCUACCGGCCACGGACGAUCUUCUGAUCGGGGAAAACGCAACGGUCACGGGAUGGGGAAGACUGAGCGAGGGUGGGACGUUGCCCUCGGUGUUGCAGGAAGUCUCCGUGCCGAUAGUGAGUAACGACAGAUGCAAGUCGAUGUUCUUAAGAGCCGGUAGACACGAGUUCAUACCGGACAUUUUCCUCUGUGCCGGUUACGAAACCGGCGGCCAGGAUUCCUGUCAGGGUGACUCCGGAGGUCCUCUCCAAGUUCGCGGUAAGGACGGCAGAUAUUUCCUCGCCGGAAUUAUAUCUUGGGGCAUUGGGUGUGCCGAGGCCAAUUUACCGGGUGUGUGCACGCGAAUUUCCAAGUUCGUGCCGUGGAUUUUGAAAAAUGUCACUUGACCUGAUUUCGCGGGCAAAAAAAAAACGUGAAAACGAUAAGACAAUUAUAUAUCAAGAUUCAUGUGCGAACAAACAACGAUGUGCGAUGUUGUCUCGCGUGAUAUCAAAACUCAUGGAUUAUCCUAAAAAAAAACUUUCCUGCAAAUGACGAUGUAUCUUAUUUGCAUUUAUUUAUUUGCGUUUGCACUGCCACUUAAAAAAUAAGUCGUCGUGAUUGUUACAACAUAUUCGCACUAGAAGAGGUAAACAAUCAUCGCCGAAUUAUCGAACAUAAAAUAAUCUGCGAUUACGUGUGAAAUUUUAUAUGCAUUACAGCACACACAUACACACACACACACUAACACACACGCGCUAAACUUGUAUUUAUAUAUAAAUCCAAGUAAAGAAAUAAAAAAAAUAUAUAUUUGAUAGGUGUGUUAAGACUACAAUUAAGUGUGUGUGACCGAAGGGAGUCGUAAUGAAAGUUGAGUUGUAAUAAAAAAGAUCAAAACCAUAGCUCGCGAUGAGAAGAUUGAAGGGCAUAAUAUUAUUAUCAUUCUUGCCACACGUCGUUUCAAAUAUAAUUACAACAUGUGCGUGAAACAAAAAUUAA